CUGGAAGUGCGCACGCGCACUGACCCGGCGGGCCUUAGCAACCAGAGCAGUGACAGUAGCAACGGCCGGAAUGGCAAAAGCAACAACAAUCAAAGAAGCCCUAGCCAGAUGGGAAGAGAAAACGGGUCAGAAGCCAUUUGAUACCAAAGAGAUAAAGCUUUAUGCCCAGAUUCCCCCUAUCGAGAAGAUGGAUGCAUCCUUGUCCAUGCUUGCUAAUUGCGAGAAACUUUCACUGUCCACAAACUGCAUUGAGAAAAUCGCUAACCUGAAUGGCUUAAAAAACUUGAGGAUAUUGUCAUUAGGAAGAAACAACAUAAAGAACCUAAAUGGACUGGAAGUAGUAGGAGACACAUUAGAAGAACUGUGGAUCUCCUACAAUUUUAUUGAGAAGUUGAAAGGAAUCCAUGUAAUGAAGAAAUUGAAGAUUCUCUACAUGUCUAAUAACCUAGUGAAAGACUGGGCUGAAUUUGUGAAACUGGCAGAACUGCCAUGCCUGGAGGACCUGGUGUUUGUGGGCAAUCCCUUGGAAGAGAAACACUCUGCGGAAGGGAACUGGAUCGAUGAGGCAACCAAGAGAGUGCCCCGACUGAAAAAGCUCGAUGGUACCCCAGUAAUUAAAGAAGACGAGGAAGAAGAAAACUAACAUCAAACUUUCUGCUUCGUAUUAAUUUAUUUCAAUGUGAUGAGAACAAUAGAUAAGUUUUAUAUCAUUGUCUACUUUAAAGAUUGUGUGUGGGUCAAAAGGUUCUUAAGAAAAGACAAAUUGUCAUUCCUUCCUUUUUCUUUCUUGUAACCUGUUCAAACAGUGUGUCACCUUUAAAAUGAUAGCACCUACUUUAUAGAUUCCAGCCUUCUUCUCAGAAAGUACACAUUUUCCAUCUCUGUCUUCAGUCCCCGUUAUAUACUGUGGUCCCAUCUAUUGAAACCUUUUGCAGACCAAUCCAUCAUAAAGCAGUUAUUAGAACAACAGAGGAACAGGCAUGGUUCUGCAUUCAGUUUUUAAAGCAGGUGUUUAAAGGACACACUUCGCUGUGUCUCUGUGGACCGUCUUUCUGGAGCAUCGAACGCUCACGUGGUGAAUGGGAAGCACAGACGUAUCAGGCCGUUGGUUCCGAAGGCGGCAAAGGUGACAGGAAGAGCUCCUCUUAGAAUAACAGCGCAGCCCUGGACCCAGGGAUCCAAGCUCUAAUUUGAUUAAGUUUGGUGAAAACAAGGGAAAUUGAAUAUCAUGAAGACCGUAUAGCCCAUGUUGUAUUUACUUUUUGUGUUUCAUAAAGUUUUUGUAUUAUCAACUGGAAUCUACAUAUGUGGACAAUUCAAGUCAGUGUACACAGUCAUUUUAUGAUCUGGGUCAGUGGUGAAAACACUGUUAGGAUCAUUCCUUCACCAAUAAUGUGGUCAUGUUACUCAUGUGAACCUGGCCCUGGCACGUUUUGGUUUAUAAUUCCUUUGGUUUAAGGAAUAUCUGGAUUUGAAUCCGUACCCUAGACACUGGCAGAUAUAGAUGUCAAAUUUGCCUUAGUGACUCUGGUGACCUUCUUUGUUGGGGAAUGUGAUGGUUCUGGCUAUAAGGGUAUAGAAUGUGCAAGAAAGAGUUUUUAAAAAUGAUACUAAGUAUUUAAAAAUAUAUUUUUUGAGAAGUUCUUCAUAAAGCAGCUCUUUAAGUGUGUCAUGUAAGUAGUUACAAGGAGAAGAGAGAUGGUGAGAUGCAUCAUUAUGGGGUUCGAGGCAAAUGGCUGUCUUUUUGAGGCUUGCCUAUGUGAAGCUUUGUAGGAUUUCAACCUAAAAAUUGCCAAGUAAUGAAGGCAGAGUUUAGAAUUGAGCAGGCAAGGUCAACGUUUUAUGGUAUUCCUCUCUCUCUGGAAACUGAAAGGCAUUUGUAAUCUGUGCCCGGUUGAAGUCCAUAGCAGGCCAGCCCUGAACCACUAAUAGAUGCCAGGUUGAAAAAGAAGCCAGGGCCCCUCUGCCAAAUUGUGCCUCAGGCCCCUCAGCUAGAGACCAUUGAUUCCGACUCCCCGUCUGCAUAGUUAAGGGGGAGAGUUGUUUUAAACAGCAUUUGUGUCCGUAGUCUUGGGUUUCAGAAGUUGUCUGCUAUCGUUUGAAAUAGGAAUCACUUGAUUUCGCUAAGGGUCAUCCGGAUCAAAAGGGACCACUGCUUUGACAAUCAGCUCUCAAUGUAAACAAGAGGAAGAAUUUAAUCCAACACGUUUUUUUAGUUUCCUUCCAAUCCGCUAGACAGUAAAUCUUUACUUUCUGACUGGCUUACAACUUUCAGAGCUCUUGCGCGUUCUUUGUGAACUGCAGGGUAAGGAGCCCUUUUGUUGUUCCUCUUGACAUUUAAAAUUCACGGGCUGAGAGGGAAGACGAUCUGUACUUACAGUUUGCACUUCAUCCAGUAGGCACUCUUAAAGCCGUAUUGCUAUGUGUGGGUGUAUUGUCUAAAAGUUAUCUUGGAAAUGAAUAUGAUAGGGAAUGGAUUACUUCAUAUUGAAUUUACUUGUAACGUGGCUAAAGGUUUUGGUGUUUGUUUUUUUCUGGAUUCCGUAGUAUAGGAACUAAUUUUCCUGUCCUGUUUCUUAGUAUCUUUUAAUCACUUGUAGUUCUCAGAAAUCUAAGGUGCUUUUCUGUGUCCAUUUCACACACACACACAAAUCAUUUUCAUUGUACUCAACAAAUAUUUGAGGACUUUUGUGCAUCCUUCCAUAGUUUUAAUGCCAGAACCCUAUUAAGAAACAGAAGAAAGUUCAGGAUGCUAUUAGGGAAUAGAAGAAAGU